AAAGUGAAAUAUUAUGAAAUUUAUAGGGAUGAUUAGGUAAAUACAUACAUAGCCCAAUCAACAUUCAUUCAACAAGCUUAAGCACGAUAAGUCUUCCUUUCUCUAACCGCACUCAACACAGCACAGGCACUUCUCUUCAAUCUUCUCUUCGGUUUCUCUCUUUCUGUCUACAACUAAAAACCAUAAAACAAACUCUCUCAAGAAAAAAUAAAUAUAUAUAUAUAUAUAUAUAGGAAAAGGAAAAGGAAAAAACAAAGCAGACCAGCCGGCCAACCGAACACCACCAACACCCGAUUACUUCCCUCACUUCAAAAAAAAAAAAAAAUGUCACCAAAAUAAGACAACUUCGGUCUCUAUAUCAUCCCCUUUCCACCAAAUCCCGAAAAUCAAAAAAAAAAAAAAAAUUCAAAUGACAACCACCACCGCCACAGGCAGUCUAACCAGUGGAGGCGGAGGAGAAGGCGGCGGAGCAGACGAUCGCGUCAUGGCAACUGCACAGCAGAUCGUGAACAGUUUAAACACGACAAAAAACGUGCGCGAAGACAUGUUAUUGAUCCUUUCUAGUUUCGAUAACCGUUUAUCGAACAUAUCGGAUUUAAUCAAAACUGUUUCCAGUUCUCAAUCCUCCGUGUUAGACGCAGCUGAGAAGAUCAUUCUCCGGUCAGACUCUGGCAUCUCCUCCACCGUGUCUUGUGAUGAGUCACCGAAGGAGACUAGGGAUUAUUUAUCUGCUGUUGAUGAGAUUCUUGAUUUGUUAGAUAACUUAUCAGUUGAGCCUGACUUGGAGGUUUUGGACCGGGCGGAGACUGCGGUUCAAGUGGCCAUGUCGAGAUUGGAAGAUGAGUUUAGGCAUAUUUUGAUAAGGAAUACAGUUCCGCUUGACGCGCAGAGUUUGUAUGGAUCUAUUAGGAGGGUUUCGCUUUCAUUUACGGCAAAUGAAGGGGAAAUUGAUGAGGAUUUUGCGAGUUUUGGAGAAGUGGAAACCGAGAGUGUCUGUUUUCAUGAGAGAGGAGCGAGCUUAGGAGAUGAUUUGUGUGUUGAUUUGAUUAAUAGCGAGGCGGUUGUGGAAUUGAAAGAGAUUGCUGACAGAAUGAUACGAUCCGGGUAUGAGAAAGAGUGUGUGCAGGUUUACAGUAGUGUGAGAAGGGAAGCUUUGGAUGAGUGUUUGGCUAGUUUGGGUGUUGAGAAGUUGAGUAUUGAGGAAGUGCAGAAGAUAGAGUGGAAGUCCUUGGAUGAGAAGAUGAAGAAGUGGGUUCAGGCGGUUAAGAUUGGUGUUAGGCUUCUUUUGAGUGGGGAGAGAAGGCUCUGUGAUGUGAUUUUUAAUGGGUCGGAUUCGGCUAGGGAGGUUUGUUUUAAUGAGAUUGCUAAAGGGUGUUUAAUGCAGUUGUUGAAUUUUGCAGAGGCAGUGUCUAUUGUGAGGAGGUCAUCGGAGAAGUUGUUUAGGAUUUUGGAUAUGUAUGAUGCCUUGUCAAAUGUUUUCCCCGAUUUGGAGGCUAUGGCUAUGGAUAGGUUUGUGUAUGGUGAGGCAAAAGGAGUGUUGGAUGGAUUGGGAGGGGCGGCGAGAGGGACUUUUGUGGAGUUUGAGAAUGCUGUGAAAAGUGAGACUUCUAGGAAGCCUAUGUUAGGUGGAGAGAUUCAUCCGCUUACUCGGUAUGUGAUGAAUUAUGUGAAAUUGCUUGUAGACUAUGGUGAUACCCUGAAUUUUCUUUUGGAGAACGAUGAUGAUGAUGAAUUAAAUGGAUUGCAAAAUGAUGAUGGUGAGAGGUUGCAGUUAGAAAGCAUGGCUCCUAUAACAAGGAGAUUGUUGGCUUUGUUAUCGACUUUGGAGUCUAAUCUUGAGGAGAAAUCGAGACUGUAUGAGGAUGGUGCUAUGCAGUAUAUAUUUCUUAUGAAUAAUAUUCUGUACAUGGUGCAAAAAGUUAAGGAUUCAGAACUUAUAAAGAUUUUGGGAGAUCAAUGGGUCCGCAAACACCGUGGCCAAAUACGCCAGUAUGCUACAGCAUAUCUUAGGGCUGCUUGGAGUAAGGCCUUGUCAUGCUUGAAGGAUGAAGGGAUUGGUGGGAGUUCUAACAAUGCCUCUAAAGUGGCUUUGAAGGAAAGGUUCAAGAGUUUUAAUGCGUGCUUUGAGGAAAUAUAUAGGAUUCAGACUGGUUGGAAGGUUCCGGAUCCUCAACUUCGUGAAGAGCUUCGAAUAUCCAUAUCUGAAAAGGUAUUACCAGCUUAUCGCUCAUUUAUGGGGAGGUUUGGGAGUCAGCUAGAGAGUGGAAGACAUGCUGGGAAAUACAUAAAGUACACACUAGAUGAUUUAGAGAAUUAUUUAGUUGAUUUGUUUGAAGGGACCCCUCUUGUUCUUCACCACCUAAGAAGAAAGAGUUCAUAGGAUUCACGACUCUUUUAACAGGUAAGCACUCGUUCUCAUAAGGAUUAGAAAAGGAGAGGGUUUAUGUAUUUGCUGUAUCUGGAUCAUAUGCUUUUCGGAUUUUCUUAGUGUAAUGCUUUAAACACAGGCUUCUGAGUUGAACAGUUAUCCCUUUAUAUAAAACUUUGUACAUGUAUUAAAGAACAUAGGUUUUUUUA